UAUUAUCAAGAAAUUCUCAAAAUGAUUGGAAAUAACAAUGGUGGAUUAGAAAAAUUGAAAGAGAAUUGGCGUAAUUACUGCUACAUUGACAAAGAAAAUAUUGAAUUUGAAAGGCCCGAGGAAUGGGCAGUUAACUAUAAAAAUGAAAUUGGUUUACAAAAUGAUGGUUUUCGUUUGGCAUAUUUGGGAGAAGAUAAUGAUGAAUUAAUGUCAGCAAUUAAUGAUAAAGAAAGUGGAUUAACAACAAAACAAAAGGAGGAAAUAUUUAAAGAAAUAUCGAACAAUUUUUACCUUCACAAAGUCACUUUCUUAGAAGCCCACAAAAUGUUUAAUUUAUUUAAAUUUACAACAAAAACAACAUCAGAAACACAAAACGAAUUAGCUGUUCAACAAACUAAUUCUGAAAUUCAACUUGAAUAUUUACAACAACCAACAGAAACAUCAUCACAAAAACAAAAAGAGACAUAUUAUGGAAUUAAAUUCGAAAUGAAAAAGAUAAAAGCAAUUUUCGAAAAUCAAGGAGAAAAUAAAAAAGUAAAUGAAAAUGAAGAAGACGGAGAUGAAAAAGCUUUAAACGCUCUGAAUAGACAAUUAACUGAUUUGAAGAGUGUCAAUUCAAAGUACUUCCAACAAUUUGAAGGAAAUAUUAAAUUAAAAACAGAUUGGCAAAAAUGUUUAAAUUUUGUUAUACUUUUGAAAAUAGUUGUAAAAAAUCAUUUGAAAAUGAAAAAGAAAAUUUUUGAAAAAUUCGAAAAGGAAUGUAAAUUAAAUAAAUUAAAUGUCGAAAAAGAGAACAAAAAAAUUAAAAAAUUAUAUGAAUUAGUAGUUAAAGAGAAGAAUGAAGAGAAGAAUCCCGAAAAAUUAAAAAAUAAUUUAAACAAAUUAUUUAAAGAAUUAAAGAAAAUUAUUGGUCAAAUUGACAAUAAAAAUAAAUUAAUGGAGUAUUUUGAAGAAUUGAAAAGUAUUGAAAAAAAAUCUGAAGAUAAGGGACGUCGAGUUGAAAUUAUUGAAAAAAUGAAUAGUUUAGUGGCUGGUAAACAUAUUGAAGAAUUUGAUGAACGAUUGGAAAAUAAAUAUAAAUUUUUGUUGGAAAAUUGGAAAAAAUUAUUUUUUGGAGAAGAAAAGGAAAAAAAUAUUUUUUAUAAACAAAUAUUGCCUGAAAUUAAAGGAAUUGAAAAUUAUUUUAUAGAUUCUGGUGAUCUAUUUGUUGGAUAUUGUUUAACUAAAAGAAUUGAAAAUUCAUUCAAUAAAGAUGGAACUGUGAAAUUUUCUGAAUUUUUGAGUAAUGGGGUUGGACAGGAAUAUGGAUUGGAAUUGAAUGAAGUUUUGGGGCAGAAACGUAUUGAUAUUGGGUAA